AUGGCGUCAGGGGUUAUUCGUGGCGCGUUGACGUUUGGUAUAUACUGCCAACAUUUUUGUUGGAAUUCCACAGUCACGCAUGUUCGGGGGAUUAAACGUUGGAUGAAGUCUUACACACUCCUUAUGGAACGAAAGCUAAAGCUUGAAGGUCCUCCACCGCCGAUACCAAGAUCACAAAAGCCUAAUUGGGAUUACCAUGCUGAGGUUCAGGCUUUCAGCAUUCGCCUUCAUGAGAACUUCUCCUUGGAACGAUUGAAAACAGCAUUUAUAAAUCCCUGUUACCUGCAGUCAGAGCAGAAAAAAAGACAAGAGUUGGGACUGGACUCUGAAAUCGCAGCUCUUGCUCUAAAAGAUAAUAUUGAGUUGAGCGCAGAAGGAUUUGACAUCACAAAAUGUUUCCUUACUGAUUGGUGCAUGGCCAACUUUCCUAGCCUGCCAACAGAAGGGGUGGAAAGUAUUGUGACACACCUUAUGAGUGUGGAUCUAGUGAGUAAUGUCGCUCGAAAUCUAGGCAUUGAAGAUUUAACAAUGAGUUUACAAUUUCCGGUCCCGGACAAUGUGCUUCAUUCUACAUUAAUGGCAGUCAUAGGAGCGCUGCAUGAAAGCAGUGGAACAGAGCGCACAAGAUAUUUCCUCAGGGAUUUUCUAGUCUCCCAGCUAAUAGGAAAAGACCUGUUUGAUUUGUGGACAGUCAUCAAUCCUAUGGGUCUUCUGGUUGAGGAACUAAAUAAGCGAAAGAUUUCACUUCCUGAGCCCCGCCUCAUCAGGUCUGCUGGGUCCAGCACAGUACUGCCACUGUAUUUUGUUGGUUUGUACAGUAAUAAGAAGCUCCUGGCCCAGGGUCCAGGUGAGACACUUAUUGCAGCAGAGGAGGAAGCGGCUCGUGUGGCCUUGCGGCAACUCUAUGGCUUCACUGAGAACCGGAGACCAUUUGAUUUUAGUCCACAACCACAGCAUGAGCAUCCUUUACUUGAAUCAGUCAGCAGCAGAUAA